AAAAAAUAGCUAACGAAUCUAUGUUCCGGCUAUAAGCGGUCAUUCUGCGACAUUUCCUAUUGCUCCUCUGUACCAAGAGGCAAAUUUAAAGCGGAUAUUUAUCUGAGGAAGGCGAUACAGUGGCUCUAGUAAAAAAGGAGACGGGGCCUUCUGCUGCAGUGAUGGAACAGCCAGGCCGUGAUCCAGAGGAUAACAACACCACUGCCCAAGUGGAGAGCAGUGAGAGAGGCUCUGAAGAGGAAGAUGCUCAGGCAGAGCAGAGAACCGCAGAUAUAGAUACUCCUGCAGAGCAGAGCAACCAGAACCAGGAUUCCUCUUUACCCCCAAAUACAUCAAGUGGUCAGGGGAGCCAGAACUUGGAGGAUCUUGAUACCGAAGCUCUAGUAAAAAAGGAGACGGGGCCUUCUGCUGCAGUAAUGGAACAGCCAGGUCGUGAUCCAGAGGAGAACAACACCACUGCCCAAGUGGAGAGCAGUGAGAGAGGCUCUACAGAGAAAGAUGCUCAGGUAGAGCAGAGAACCGCAGAUAUAGAUACUCCUGCAGAGCAGAGCAACCAGAACCAGGAUUCCUCUUUACCCCCAAAUACAUCAAGUGGUCAGGGGAGCAAGAACUUGGAGGAUCUUGAUACUGAAGCUCUAGUAAAAAAGGAGACGGGGCCUUCUGCUGCAGUAAUGGAACAGCCAGGUCGUGAUCCAGAGGAUAACAACACCACUGCCCAAGUGGAGAGCAGUGAGAGAGGCUCUACAGAGGAAGAUGCUCAGGUAGAGCAGACAACCGCAGAUAUAGAUACUCCUGCAGAGCAGAGCAACCAGAACCAGGAUUCCUCUUUACCCCCAAAUACAUCAAGUGGUCAGGGGAGCCAGAACUUGGGGGAUCUUGAUACCGAAGCUCUAGUAAAAAAUGAGACGGGGCCUUCUGCUGCAGUGAUGGAACAGCCAGGCCGUGAUCCAGAGGAGAACAACACCACUGCCCAAGUGGAGAGCAGUGAGAGAGGCUCUACAGAGGAAGAUGCUCAGGUAGAGCAGACAACCGCAGAUAUAGAUACUCCUGCAGAGCAGAGCAACCAGAACCAGGAUUCCUCUUUACCCCCAAAUACAUCAAGUGGUCAGGGGAGCCAUAACUUGGAGGAUCUUGAUAUCGAAGCUCUAGUAAAAAAGGAGACGGGGCCUUCUGCUGCAGUAAUGGAACAGCCAGGUCGUGAUCCAGAGGAGAACAACACCACUGCCCAAGUGGAGAGCAGUGAGAGAGGCUCUACAGAGGAAGAUGCUCAGGUAGAGCAGACAACCGCAGAUAUAGAUACUCCUGCAGAGCAGAGCAACCAGAACCAGGAUUCCUCUUUACCCCCAAAUACAUCAAGUGGUCAGGGGAGCCAUAACUUGGAGGAUCUUGAUACCGAAGCUCUAGUAAAAAAGGAGACGGGGCCUUCUGCUGCAGUAAUGGAACAGCCAGGUCGUGAUCCAGAGGAGAACAACACCACUGCCCAAGUGGAGAGCAGUGAGAGAGGCUCUACAGAGGAAGAUGCUCAGGUAGAGCAGACAACCGCAGAUAUAGAUACUCCUGCAGAGCAGAGCAACCAGAACCAGGAUUCCUCUUUACCCCCAAAUACAUCAAGUGGUCAGGGGAGCCAUAACUUGGAGGAUCUUGAUACCGAAGCUCUAGUAAAAAAGGAGACGGGGCCUUCUGCUGCAGUAAUGGAACAGCCAGGUCGUGAUCCAGAGGAGAACAACACCACUGCCCAAGUGGAGAGCAGUGAGAGAGGCUCUACAGAGGAAGAUGCUCAGGUAGAGCAGACAACCGCAGAUAUAGAUACUCCUGCAGAGCAGAGCAACCAGAACCAGGAUUCCUCUUUACCCCCAAAUACAUCAAGUGGUCAGGGGAGCCAUAACUUGGAGGAUCUUGAUACCGAAGCUCUAGUAAAAAAGGAGACGGGGCCUUCUGCUGCAGUAAUGGAACAGCCAGGUCGUGAUCCAGAGGAGAACAACACCACUGCCCAAGUGGAGAGCAGUGAGAGAGGCUCUACAGAGGAAGAUGCUCAGGUAGAGCAGACAACCGCAGAUAUAGAUACUCCUGCAGAGCAGAGCAACCAGAACCAGGAUUCCUCUUUACCCCCAAAUACAUCAAGUGGUCAGGGGAGCCAUAACUUGGAGGAUCUUGAUACCGAAGCUCUAGUAAAAAAGGAGACGGGGCCUUCUGCUGCAGUAAUGGAACAGCCAGGUCGUGAUCCAGAGGAGAACAACACCACUGCCCAAGUGGAGAGCAGUGAGAGAGGCUCUACAGAGGAAGAUGCUCAGGUAGAGCAGACAACCGCAGAUAUAGAUACUCCUGCAGAGCAGAGCAACCAGAACCAGGAUUCCUCUUUACCCCCAAAUACAUCAAGUGGUCAGGGGAGCCAUAACUUGGAGGAUCUUGAUACCGAAGCUCUAGUAAAAAAGGAGACGGGGCCUUCUGCUGCAGUAAUGGAACAGCCAGGUCGUGAUCCAGAGGAGAACAACACCACUGCCCAAGUGGAGAGCAGUGAGAGAGGCUCUACAGAGGAAGAUGCUCAGGUAGAGCAGACAACCGCAGAUAUAGAUACUCCUGCAGAGCAGAGCAACCAGAACCAGGAUUCCUCUUUACCCCCAAAUACAUCAAGUGGUCAGGGGAGCCAUAACUUGGAGGAUCUUGAUACCGAAGCUCUAGUAAAAAAGGAGACGGGGCCUUCUGCUGCAGUAAUGGAACAGCCAGGUCGUGAUCCAGAGGAGAACAACACCACUGCCCAAGUGGAGAGCAGUGAGAGAGGCUCUACAGAGGAAGAUGCUCAGGUAGAGCAGACAACCGCAGAUAUAGAUACUCCUGCAGAGCAGAGCAACCAGAACCAGGAUUCCUCUUUACCCCCAAAUACAUCAAGUGGUCAGGGGAGCCAUAACUUGGAGGAUCUUGAUACCGAAGCUCUAGUAAAAAAGGAGACUGGGCCUUCUGCUGCAGUGAUGGAACAGCCAGGUCGUGAUCCAGAGGAGAACAACACCACUGCCCAAGUGAAGAGCAGUGAGAGAGGCUCUGAAGAGGAAGAUAAGGAUGGAGCUGUAGAGCCCCAGAUUCCACUCCUCAUCACAGACCAGAGGGCUACUAAAGAACGUGAAUACCACUGCCACUUCCUUUCUGUUUUCAUUGGUUAUGCGAAAAUUCCGAUGCUCCUUGUAGGCCUUGUAGUGUUGCUGCUGGCUGUGGCUGUGAGCUUCAUCCCUAAGUCUCUCCCUGAGAACACAGUGUUCAACCGAACAGAGACCUUCCACAGAGCGUUGAAGAAGGUGGAGGUGGCUUUCCCUGGGCAGCGCUCUGAGCUGUGGAGGAGGAGCAGGAUCCACCUGGAGAGGCACCUCCAGACGACCCGGCCCACGGAGCCAGUCAGCCUGAUGCUGACAGCAGGCCGCAGGGGGGAGAAGACGCUGCACUGCCUUGCCCUGCAGCUAGCCUCCGCCUUCUCCUCUGCCUUCAACACCUCGUCCAUCCUCCACAUCGACGGGGCCAGCAAGGCUGGCCAGGACAGCGACCAGGUCAAGCUGGACAUCGACACCCAGCUGGGGGAAGCCUUCGAGGGGGACCAGCCCGUAGCCGUCAUCCACCGCUUCGAGGAGCUGCCCCCAGGUUCCACGAUCAUAUUCUACCGCUACUGUGACCACGAGAACGCAGCCUACAAAGAGGCCUUGCUCAUCUUCACCGUGCUGCUGGGGGGUGAGGAGGAGCUGCCGGCCAGCCUGGGACUGAGUGCCGUGGAGGAGAUGGUGGAUGACCACCUGCAGGACAAGUUCCUCUUCUCUGACCAGCCGGCCGCCUUUGACUUGAUGGACCUGGACAAGUUUAGUGGUCUGUGGAGCCGCAUCUCCCACCUGGUUCUGCCAGUGGCAGCAGAGGAGAGGAUAGAGCAGAGGGGCUGUGUCACAGUUCCAUAGGGAGUUGAGCAGGAAGACUGGCACCCAAACAAACCUUCUAAUACUCCAAUCAAUCAACUAUAUGAAACUUUCAUCAUCAUCAGUUGUGAUGUUUUAAUGGUCACAGCGCACAGGGACGUGAAUAGAACAGCAAUGGUUGACCACUUGCCACUUUAUAAGUUUAUAAGUCUACUACAAAAGGCAGAGACAAGAAGGAGAAAAGAAAACACACCCAGAGAGACAUUGCAGUAAUGUAGUAAUUAGUGAUCAGGGAGACACUGCAGGGUGUGUAUUGUAUGUACAGCAUGAAUGAGAUUGGGUUAAUAAUGAAGGAUGUGAUUAUUAUGAGUCUGUUUACUCUCAUAUUUUAAUGAUCCUAUCUAUAUAUGUCUAUCGAAGAGGUGUGUGUGUGUGUGUGUGUGUUUUGAUGUAACCAGGGGUUUACUUUGUCAAGAUUACCCAGAUUGCCUCACCUGUCAAGGACUUUGGCGAGAACAAUGUGCCUUAAAUGGAAAUAAUAAAAUAUGGGGAAUGUG